UGGCUCCUCGUACUCUCGACAAUCUCCACUCGAGCUCUUCUGGCUCAUGACCAAGUACCAGGAUAUCGAUUCUCUUAGUGCUUUACGGUGCGUGUCCAAGGCACUCAAAGCCAAGACCAAGACAGCCUAGCUAUGUAGCCGCGUGCACCCGCUUUCCAUCCAUAUCGACCCGGAGGAUGAAGGAUGCGUGCGCAUCCGCCCCGAGAAACCGUUCCUCGCCCCUCGCCCCCUGCCUCGGCAGUAUCAGGCCCUGCUAGGCGCGCGGCAGCUGAUCCUCGAAACCUACGAGUGCAUCCAGCAGUUCCCGAGUGCCUCCGAAGCCGCUCUGAUCACGCUGUGCCGGAUCCUGAGCGACAAUGCCGCCCUGCAACCGCUCGCGCUUCAGCGCCUAACCCUCUGCGCGCCGGAUUCCCGCGCUCAGUGGCUCGGCUACCUCGACAGUCGCCUGAGCGUUCGGAUGAAUCCAUUUUCUUUUGCGGGGCUCCCCGACAAGUUCUCCGCUCACUGGGACCACCUCACGCAGCUGAUCAUCUACAUGCCUGGCGCGGAGGACGCCGCGGCGAUGCUGAAUGACUUGGUGAUUGGUUGCAUCCUGCCGCAUGCGCGCCG